AUGAAAAUAACCACAGGAUCAUCGCUGAAAAUUCAGCAGGGAAACAAUAAAUACCAAUAUUGGGCUGCCUUUUCCGCCACCCUGACCAUCGUGACGAGCGGCAUGCACUACGGAUGGCCUUCUCCUUCGCUCGAGCAACUUCUCCACGGUAACUCCACGCUGCAUCUGACCCAAGACGAGGGAUCGUGGAUGGCCGUGAUGCCUCUGCUGGGCGCCAUCGUCGGCAGCCUGAUAGUAGGCACCACCGUGGACAUCUUGGGCCGGAAACGCACCAUCAUUCUCACCUCGUUCCCGUUCUUCGCCGCCUGGAUCAUGAUCGCGUACGCGAACUCCCCGCUCGUGCUCUACAUCGCCAGGUUCAUCGCCGGCGUGGCCGACGGUUGGGCCUUCACCGCCGUGCCGAUGUACAUCGGGGAGAUCGCCGAUCCCAGCAUCAGAGGUAAGCUGGGUUCCGGCGUCUCCGUCGCUUGGAUUUUCGGAAUGUUAUUGAUCAACAUCGUCGGUUCCUAUUUGAGCAUUCGAAUGACGGCUUUGAUAUCGUCCGUGUUGCCUGUCCUCGGUCUGAUCACGUUCAUGUGGAUGCCUGAAUCGCCUUACUACCAUUUGAUGCGCGGCAAAUACAACGAAGCCAAACACAGCUUGCAAACUUUCAAGGGGAUGUCGGAUGUGGACGCGGAACUGUCAAGGCUAUCGAAUGCAGUGAAGUCGCAGACGAGAAACACUGGUAAAUUCCUGGACCUCUUCACGAAACCCAGCAACAGAAAGGCCGUCGCCAUAAUGACGAUAUUGAGAACCGCCCAGCAACUAAGCGGCACCACUGCCAUCACAUUCUACGCCAAGAUGAUUUUCAAAGAGGCUGGUGACGACAUCUCCUCCGAAUUAGCCACCAUUAUUUUUUUUUCCGUCCAACUAGUUUGCACCGUUGUCUGCUCCGGAAUCGUCGAUAGAGCAGGGCGAAGACCUCUCCUCAUAAUGUCCAUAAUCGGGUCUUCGUUGGCUCUAUUUGUCGAAGGAACCUACUUUUACCUCAAACUGUCCACGAACUACGAUGUAAGCGCGUUUUCCCUUGUCCCUGUGGCCGCUCUGAUUGGUUACAUCGUCAUCUUCGGCUUGGGUAUGCAAUGCAUUCCGAUUUUGAUGUUGGGAGAACUUUUUCCCGCCAACGUGAAGGCGUUUGCUUUGUGCCUGGCGGAUAUUUACUUCUGCAUUAUAGCCACGAUAAUAUCGAAAUUCUUCCAGAUCAUGAAAGAUCAUUUCGGGAUAUAUUUUCCGUUCUACGCCUUUACGGCCAGUGGCUUGCUGAGUUUGAUAUGCAUGUACAUUUUUGUGCCUGAGACCAAAGGAAAAACUUUGGAGGAUAUUCAGAAGAUACUGAAAAAUGAAGAGGAAGAUGAGGAUAAGGACGGUGAUAAAUGCGUGGAGCUCAUCGAGAAAGCUUAA